AUGAAAGGUAAAUCGGGACUGACCAGAUUUCAUGAUUGUUUUAUUCUACGUAAUGGUAAAAUAAUAAAAGAUGAUCUUUGGAUACGAGAUGGAAAGAUUAUUAACCCCGAAGAACUAUUCUAUGUAGAACAAGUUGAGGCAGAUGUAACGGUAAACUGUGAAAAUUUACUUAUAGCUCCUGGACUAAUAGAUAUUCAAAAUAAUGGUGGAUGGGGUGUAGAUUUCUCAUAUGAUAUAGAAAAUAUUGAGGAUGGAGUACAGAAGGUAGCAAAAGAACUGUUAGCUCAUGGUGUGACCUCAUUCUGCCCUACUAUGGUAACAUCAGAAAAGGAUAAAUAUUCUAAAAUUUUACCCAGAAUACAGAAAAAGCAAGGAGGCAAAACUGGAGCAACUAUUUUGGGUGUUCAUCUUGAGGGGCCAUUUAUAUGUUUGGCUAAAAAAGGAGCCCAUGCUGAUGAAUACAUUAAAAAUCCUGAUAAGGGCUUAGAAUCAAUCCGUGAAGUAUAUGGAUCUUUAGAUAAUGUUAUAAUAAUAACCUUAGCACCAGAGCUACCUGGUGCUUUGGAAGCAAUUAAAGAUUUAACGAAGCUUGGUAUAAAAGUGGCCUUAGGUCAUUCUUCAGCAAGCCUUGCUCAGGGUGAAGAAGCUGUUAAAAGUGGUGCAAAUUUAAUUACACAUCUUUUUAAUGCUAUGUUACCAUUUCACCACAGAGACCCUGGCUUGGUAGGUUUAUUAGCUUCCACAACUGAAAGACAAGUGUACUAUGGACUCAUAUCCGAUGGAAUACACACUCAUCCUGCUGCUCUUAGAAUAGCCUGUAGAACAAAUCCUGAAGGUUUAAUACUCGUGAGUGAUUCAGUCGCAGCGCAAGGUCUAGCGGAUGGGAAUUACCGGAUUGGGCCACAGGCAAUUAAUAUGGAAAACGGUCGGGCUUACAUAGCUGGUACCAAAGUACUAUGCGGGAGCACCAGCGCUCUCAACCAAUGUGUUAAAAUUUUCAAAGAAGCCACUGAUUGCUCAUUAGAAUAUGCCUUAGAAACUGCAUCUCUACAUCCAGCCAAAGCUUUGGGAAUAGAGCAUGUGAAAGGAAAUUUAAAUUUUGGAUCUGACGCCGAUUUUGUCAUUAUGCAACCUACAACAUUAGAUGUUGUAUCUACUUGGAUCGCAGUCAACAUCAUGACACAGGGUGUACUGAAGUCAUUAUCUAACACUGCUGUUGCGUUGAGAAGUAUAACUGAUGCAAUUGUAUUAGGUUUAGAAACAUUAGAAACAGCCUGGACCGGAGUGAACGGGAAAAGUGACGCCGAAUUAGAAAGGACGAUGUCUAACGAUAUUUCUUGCGAUUAUAGACAA